AUGUCUGACAGCUCGAGCGCGCGACGAAUUCGUCCGUUAGGCGAAGCUGUUGUCAACAAGAUUGCUGCCGGAGAGAUUAUUGAACGUCCGGAAAAUGCAGUUAAAGAAUUGAUUGAAAAUUCACUAGACUCUGAAAGCACAAUUAUUGAUGUCCUUCUAAAGGAGGGAGGCUUAAAAUUACUACAAAUCUCUGAUAAUGGAACUGGUAUAUAUAAUGACGAUUUACCAUUGCUUUGUCAGAGAUUUAGCACGUCAAAAAUUACCAAAUUUGAAGAUCUUUCCUCCGUUAAGACGUUUGGCUUUCGUGGUGAAGCACUAGCCAGUAUAAGUCACAUUUCAAGACUGACUGUGACAACCAAAAGAAAGGAUGCAGUUCAUGGUUGGCGUGCAUUUUACAUUGAUGGAAAACUAGCACCUGCUACUGGACAUGGAUCAUCGGCCCCCCAACCUUGUGCAGGAAAGCAAGGAACAGUUGUGUCUGUCGAAGACUUGUUCUACAACGUCCCAAGUCGAAAGGUUGCAUUAAAAAAUGGCGCAGAAGAGUUUCGUCGAAUUUUGUUACUCAUACAAAAAUAUGCCAUUCAUAACGAGAGUGUGUCAUUCUCGUGUAAAAAGUUUGGAGAUAGUGCUGCCACACUGUCCCUUUCUUCUCGUUUUCGUCGAAUCGACCGUAUUCGACAGGUUUAUGGCUCAAACUUAGCAAAGAACUUGCUUCCAUUCGAAGUAUAUGGAGGUUCAUUGUUAGAAGGGUUUUCUGCGCAAGGUCUUGUCAGUAAUGCAAAUUACGCAUCCAAAAAAACCGUUUUUCUGCUGUUCAUUAACAACCGACUUGUUGAAUCGACGGAUUUAAGAAAAAAUCUUGAGGAAGUUUACAGCGAAUUUCUUCCCAAAGGUGCUAGUCCUUUUCUGUAUCUUUCACUAAACAUUCCGGAAUCACAAGUGGAUGUAAACGUACAUCCUUCAAAACGUGUUGUGCAUUUCCUUCACGACCAGGAAAUAGCAGACUUGCUUCGGUCUCAUCUUUCAAAGGUUCUCGAAAACGAGGAUGCACGAAGAAGCUAUCAUGUUCAAACCGUUCUUCCUUCAACGACAACAAUGCUUAAGACACCGGAAAGCAAUCGACAAGGGCGACCGAGUCAUACAGUGUACGAGCAUCACAUGGUGCGCACUGACCCACGAGAGCAAAGUAUAAAGACGCUUAUGAAUCGACACACGCCAACUUCGAGCCAGAAGACCCCAGCUUGCGGGCCAGCAUCUGAAGCCACCGAUUACGAGGCAUCUCCUACGCCUGUUGCGAGCAAAUCACUUUCAAGGUCAAACUUAUUACAAUCAGAAGACAAAGUCUAUCGCACAGAAGUAAACUACAAAAGUAUACUUGAGCUUCGAGAAGAGGUACUGCAAUCAAUGCAUGUACUUACUACGAACAUUCUCACGGAACACAAGUAUGUGGGGCUUGUAUGUCCCGAACGCGGUUUGUGCGUUAUCCAGUACAAUAUUGGUCUUUUUCUAGUUGACUACCUGUCGCUUUCUUUUGAGCUUUUUUAUCAAAUAGGGCUAUCUGAAUUUUGUAAUUUUGGAUGCAUAAAGCUUGAGCCCAGCAUUUCGGUACGCACUUUACUUGAGCUCGGACUACCGGAGCAGGACGAAGUCGAUGGAGAAACAAAAAACAAAUCUGAACUUCUGGAAAAAACGGAGCGAUUGCUGCUGGCUCGACGCGAAAUGUUAAGCGAAUAUUUCCAAUUAACAAUUAGUCCAGAAGGCCAAUUAGAAUCUAUACCAAUGCUGCAUGCGGAGUACUCACCGUUCCUUGAAAAGCUCCCCUGGCUUUUGGCCGAUCUUGCCCCUCACAAAAUUGAAUGGCUCGAAGAAAAAGCAUGUUUUGCGGGCAUACUGAAAGCAAUUGCCCGCUUCUAUGUGCCUGUUAAGCUUGACUCGGAAAACGCCAAGUCGGACGAAGUGGAACGGAUAGUCCAAUUGCUUGAAGAAAUACUCUUUCCAGAGUUUAAGCGGCGUCUUCUUUGCAGCAAACGACUUAUGGAUGAGCGGAAAAUUUUCCAAGUGACAAGCCUUCCCAGAUUGUACACGGUGUUUGAACGGUGUUGA